AAAAGUUGACAACGUUGUGUAUUUCUUCUACUACUGCAACCGUGUGCCGACGACGUGAGACGCGAGUUCAAAAUACCAGACUUAUUUACAUAUUAUUGUAUUUUGUUAGUAGAGUUGAGGAAGAUGUGCAAAGUGUUGAAAAGUUUAUGUACAUGAAUUGUAGAAACUAAUUGUUUAUUGUGUAUCAUUCGAAUUCAGUUUCAAAAUUAAAAGUGUGCUAGUGGAGAAAACUAAACGAUAACUUCUGUUUAUACUGUUGUUUUUAUCGUUUAACAAUGGCUCUCUUUCUUCUAGGUUUGUUGUUCUGCCUAUCUAGUCGGAUCUCUGCCAGUGGUUUCUACGAAAUCAGUAACAUUGACUUCUAUAAUUCUGUUUUUACAGAUUCUCUUGAUUGGAGAUUGUUACAGGAGCUAUCAAACCAGUAUAAAAACGUAGUGAUAUCUCCCAUCAGCCUAAAAAUCAUAUUAUCCCUAUUAUAUCAAGGAUCUACCGGACAGACAGAAAGGGAAUUCCAAACACUUUUAAAUUAUCAAAAUAAAGAAUAUGUCAGGAACAAUUACAGCCAAAUUGUCGCUGCCCUUUAUAAUGCAGACAGAACUGAAUAUAUGCUCAACAUUGGGACAUCGAUGUUUGUAGAUGAAGGUCUAUACGUUUUAUCUAAAUUCGAAGACCUUGCAAGAAAAAGCUUCAAAACAGACAUCAUAAAGACUAACUUUGACAAACAGGAAAAGGCUAGUAAAGAUAUUAAUUCGUGGGUGGAACAGCUUACUCAUGGUAAAGUGAAGAAAAUAGUCAAUGCUGAUGAUCUGUCGCAAGCACUAAUGAUAAUUACCAAUGCCAUUUACUUCAAAGGAACAUGGACUCGUAAAUUUGAUAAAAAUAGAUCAACGCUUGGAAACUUCUAUACAUCUCCUGAUAAUAUAAGAUCUAGCAGAAACUUAAAAUUAGUUCAAUACAUGACUACCACUGACGAAUUUCUUUAUUACGAGGACAGAUCUUUGGAUGCGAAAAUUGUCAGGUUGGAAUACAAGGGAAGUGACUAUGCCAUGUAUAUAGUCCUACCGAACACUUUGGGAGGAUUAAGCAGCCUUAUCAAAAAUGUGGACAUAAACAAAAUAGGAACUAUAAAGUUCCAAAUGACACAACAAGUUGUUGAGGUUACUAUUCCAAAGUUUAAGUUCAAUUUUGACAUCAAGUUGGGAAAGAUUCUUCAAAAGUUUGGACUACGCGAAGCAUUCCAAAACACGGCCAGUUUUACAGGCAUCGUGCAAACCAACAGGACCUUAAGAAGGAGUCUAUACGUAUCUGACAUUGUUCAGAAAUCGGGAAUAGAAGUUGAUGAAGAAGGAAGUGAAAUCUUCUCAGCAUCAGCUGUCAACGUGGGUAAUAAAUUCGCCGAAAAUACGAUGAUAUUCAAUGCAUCACAUCCGUUCAUGUUCUUUGUUGAUGGUCCCAACGGUACCAUAUUGUUUGUUGGACAAUAUGAAAAUCCAGAUGCGGUGGACCCGUCAGAGGUACCGAAUCGUUGGAGUCAAGAAGUAGAAGAAAAAAAUCCUACUGAAGCUGUGCAAUUCCAAAAUACUCGCCCAAGUAGACCAAAUAAUGAAAUUGAUCAAUCCAAUAAUGUACAGUUCCAACAGCCUCGUCCAAAUAGACCAAGUGUUGAAAGUCAACGACCCGACAAUGUACAAUUCCAACAGAAUCGCCCAAAUAGACCAAAUACUGAAAAUGAACAGCCCAGCAAUGUACAAGGUCUUAAUUUGAAUCCAAAUCUGGACCCCGACUACUAUCAACCUCCAGAUGUAGAAAUGGAUGAGAUUGCAUAUAGAUUCAAUCUGUUUGAUAUUGACUUAUUAUAUUCCUUUUCUGAUUUAUCCACGAACGUAUUAAUAUCUCCCGCUAGCAUCAAAACGACAUUAGCAAUGAUUUUAGAAGGAGCAGAAGGAACUUGUGCAGAAGAAAUAAGUGAAGCACUGAGGAUACCUGAUAUUAAUCAAAAAGGUGUCAGAAGUGUUCUUGUAGAACUUCUAAAUAAUCUUAAUGAAAGAUCUACGCCAAAUAGUGUCCUAGAAAGCCAUAAUGCCAUAUUUGUCUCUGAAAAACAUCGACUGGUUGAUAAUUAUAAGAAUGUCGUUAUAAAGUAUUACAACGCUUACCUGAAAAGCUUAGAUUUUUCAAAUUCAGAUUAUGCUGCUAGGGUCAUUAAUGGAUGGAUAUCUGACUCCACUCAUGGCGAAAUAACCGAUGUCAUCUCACCACAGGGGAUAGUUCCUGAUUGUUACGUGGUGCUGUCAAACGCCCUGUUCUUUAAAGCACAGUGGAAAUAUGCUUUUGAUAAAAGAAGUGUACGAAAAUGUUUCCACACUCCUAGGGGAUGUGUUUAUGUUGACAUGAUGCACAUUUCACAUAAUUUCAAUUACAAUUACAUCACCCGUUUGCGAGCCAAUGUUGUGGAUAUUCCUUAUCAGGAUAAAUUCUCCAUGCUACUGAUCUUACCAUCUUCAGAUUCAAAUGUAAGGAGUGUGAUUCGGGAUUUACCUCACUUUAGACUGUCGAGCAUUUUGGAGAGUCUAAAUCAAUCCGAGAUUGUUCUAGAACUACCAACAUUUAGCUUCGAGUAUUCAGCAGAUUUGGUUGAAUUUUUAAAACCUCUUAAAAUCCGAGAAAUAUUUGGUUCCCGCGCUAACUUAACCAAAAUGAUAGAAGGCCACCAUGGUAUGAUAAACAACCUGUUACACAAGACCAAAAUCACAGUAGACGAAAAAGGAACAACUGCCGCAGCAUCCUCCAGUGCCAUGAUAAUUCCCCUGAUGCAGCCAGUGACAGUUGCGGCUGACAGACCGUUUGUUUUUAUGAUCUAUCACAGAGACACUAAAAAUAUAAUCUUUGAAGGAAUUGUACAAAAUCCUUUAGAAAAAUAGUAUCUAACAUUACUGAUAAUUUUUUAUUUAAUGUGCCGAAAACUCAUCUAGGUUAGAUCUCUUCAAACUGUAGUUACGUGUAAAAAUUGGUCUGUAUUUGCUUUUUUCAUAAAAACCUUUUUAAAUAAAUUGUUUAAUAUA